AUGAGCUUGGACGACGAUCUCUCCGACUUGCUGAAGCCGAAGCGCAACAAGCAUAUCUGUUUACCGCGGGGUCUGCUCGAUGAACUCAAAUCCGACCCGGACUUGCGAUUUGACGAGUCGAUGAUCCAUCACAUCGACGAGAUGAGCCUCGGCACGCGCGACGACCUACUGAAGUGCUACGUCAUCGGGGAAAGGGACCAUUUCAUGACCGCUGGCGACAAUUGGGACGAUGAGCAGGAGGGGGACUGGUCGAUGCGCAGUCAGUUCUAUCCGGGCAGUAACAGCACUUUCCUUCACUUCGCGGCUAAGCUCGGCGACGUACCGUUCGUGCACGAAUGCAUCCGUCUUGGGGUCCACGUCGAUGUUCGCGAUGCCAAAGGCAAAACGCCGCUGCACUUCGCCGUGCACGAGAUCAUCCGAUUCCAUUACGACCUGGUCGAGAGGCAGCGCCUGGGGAGCGACACUAGUGUCACGAUUGCUCAUCUCAAACGCCUGCGGCGCGUCGUGAAGGUGCUGCUUGAGCAGCACGCCGACGUUCAUAUCAUUCCCCACGGCGAGCAUAAUCCGCCAGUCCAUUUGGCGUGGUAUGCUCUGGAUCUCGAGUUGCUCGAGCUGUUCGCUCUCCACGGCGCUUCAGAAAUCGUUGCUCUGCCUGUAGACAUCGACAUACACUCGGGUAGAGCCCCGCUCUGGGUCGCCAAUACCGCGAAGAUACCGUUGCUCAGGCAGCUCUUGGCUCGACUCGCGAGAGAUGGGCUGCCGCCUCGCCCGCCUCGCCUUUGCCCGUGCUGGUCUGGCAAACCGCUCUCCGAGUGCCACGAAUCAGGGCAUCACCCGUAUCCACAUUUCUUCCCGUGCGUCUGCGGGAAGUCGAAGACGUACGCGAAAUGUUGUAAACGUAGGAACUUCGAGAUUCUGGAGAAUUGGGACGCGGAACGCAAACGCUUGACGGUCGUACGGCGCGUCAGAGACGGCGACGCGGUGAUCUAUCAGAACCCUCACAGCUUAGCGAGAACGAUUACCAGCCUCAAGGACGAGGAUAUGGAGGAGGAGGAAAAACUUGUGGAGAUGGCCAUUGGGCUCAACGAUCGCGUGUCCGAGAAGAAAGCCGAUCCGGCGUUCCGCUACGCACUCCUGAAGUAUCGAGCUUUACCCCAACCCAUGAACAAACGGUACGAAAAGCACCUCCUCAUCACUUUGCACGAAAAUUGGAACGCCGCUAUCGAUGAGUACAUUGCGCUCGGGACGGACCAGCGUAGCAUACUCGAGAUCGAGCAAGCUGCUAAGCUGGACUGUGACCUAGGGCCGCUAUGGAAGAGCUGCGAGGCACCUGAAUGUGCAGCGGUCGAGCGCCCCGGAUUGAAGAUGAAGUGCUGUAGCGCGUGCAAAACGACUUACUACUGCAGCGCGAAGUGCCAGAAGGCGGGUUGGAAAGCGCAUAAGGCCGAAUGCAAGGAUGCGAAACCGCAGGCUCUGCGGUCUCAGGUGAUUUAUUCUGCCAUUCUCAACGAGGUCGUCAGGCCGUUCCAUAUGGAAAGGCAGUUGCUAGACCUGUUGGAAGACUCCCUGUGA